CGCAGCGAGCCGCCGGGACGCGCCGCUCCCGCCGCUCCCCCUCAGCCGGCAGGGCCGGGCCCGCCAUGGCCCCCGCCUGGAUCGGCCGCCUCUGCCUGCUCCUGCUGUGCCUCUGCGGAGAGGCCGCCGCGGGGAGAGACUUCUACAAGAUCCUGGGGGUGUCCCGCGGCGCCUCCAUCAAGGACAUCAAGAAGGCCUAUCGCAAACUGGCGCUGCAGCUCCAUCCCGACAGGAACCCCGACGACCCCCGCGCCCAGGAGAAGUUCCAGGACCUGGGCGCUGCCUACGAGGUGCUGUCAGACGAGGAGAAGAGGAAGCAGUACGAUGCCUAUGGAGAGGAGGGCCUGAAGGAUGGCCACCAGAGCUCCCAUGGAGACAUCUUCUCCCAUUUCUUUGGGGACUUUGGAUUCAUGUUUGGAGGAAGCCCUCGGCAGCAAGACAGGAAUAUUCCCCGGGGAAGUGACAUCAUCGUGGACCUGGAGGUCACACUGGAGGAGGUGUAUUCAGGAAACUUUGUAGAAGUUGUCAGGAACAAGCCAGUGGCAAGACAGGCACCUGGCAAACGGAAAUGCAACUGCAGGCAGGAGAUGAGAACCACCCAGCUGGGCCCUGGGCGCUUCCAGAUGACUCAGGAAGUUGUUUGUGAUGAGUGUCCCAACGUCAAGCUGGUGAAUGAAGAGAGGACACUGGAAGUGGAGAUAGAGCCAGGGGUGAGGGAUGGCAUGGAGUAUCCCUUCAUUGGGGAAGGUGAGCCCCACGUGGAUGGGGAGCCAGGAGAUUUGCGCUUCCGAAUAAAAGUUCUCAAGCACCCAGUGUUUGAAAGGAGAGGAGAUGACUUGUACACAAACGUGACAAUCUCGCUGGUCGAGGCACUGACAGGCUUUGAGAUGGAUAUUGCCCACUUGGAUGGGCACAAGGUUCACAUUGUGAGGGAUAAAACCACAAAACCCGGCGCCAAGCUGUGGAAGAAGGGAGAAGGGCUUCCAAACUUUGAUAACAACAACAUCAAAGGCUCCCUAAUAAUCACCUUUGAUGUGGAGUUCCCCAAGGAGCAGCUGACACCGGAGCAGCGGGAAGGUCUCAAGCAGCUGUUGAAGCAAGGAUCAGUGCAGAAGGUCUACAAUGGAUUGCAGGGAUAUUGAUGUGUGGAAAAAUUGGACUUCCCUGGAAAUGCAAAGUCAGAUUUGUUUGCAGUCUUUUCUCCUGCCCACUGUAGAAGGGGGAAGAGGGAGGGGGGAAAUGGUUGAGGUUUAGCUCAUCUUUGGUUUGUAAAUUAUGGAAGUGCUCACAGUUUGGGGAAAUACUUUUUUCAGGACAUAACUGGUGCUGCCUAUCAUGUUCCACGUCCUGGAACAACAGAGAUUCCUUGAGCAGGAAAACAUAGGUGGGGGAAAGGAGUUUUAAAUUCCACACAGAUUGGAAUUUCUGGUUUUUAAAUAUAUUUUGAUGUGACUUUU